AUGAGGGAAGAUCGAAAAUCAAAAGGAGGCCUGAAAGAAAGAAUCAAGCACCUCGUCGGCAGAGAUACAGAGGGCCAUGAAGAGAUCCCCUCUAGCAGCUCAUCAGCAGGCGACCUGGCUCUCCCUGAGAGUGCCACUGCCCAAUCGAACCUGUCAGCCCAGGCAGAACCCGGUGCCAGCUCUUCAUCAGGGCAAACCGAGCAGGUUAAGCAAAACUCCUCACUAAUUUGCCUCUGGGAACAAGCAGUGGCCAGACUUGACCAAGAAGAUGCGAAAAAAGCCAAAAAGCUCCUGAAGAGCAGCCAGAAACGACCUGCGCAUAGUGUAGCAUUCACUCUUGAAAUGGCAGGGAAGCUCAAGAACGAAGACAAAGAGUCAAGUACGAGAUCUGUUGCCGAUAAGAUCAUUCAAGGCGCAUUAGCUUUCAAAGCUAUUGGCGACGCUGCAGUGAAAUUUGAUAAGUCAGGCUAUGCUGCCCUAGGCUGGUCUGUUGUCUCUUUUGGUCUUCAGGUCGCUGCUAAUGUGAAGGAGGCCCGCGAAUUCGUCCUCUCCAGCUCGGAGGUGAUCACGCGAUCCAUGGCGAAGUACAGGGAGUAUGAGCUGGUUAUUAGAGGGCUUGAGACUGGAAAGGGUUUUGACGAACAGUUGAUUAAUGUGUAUAAGGCUGUCUUGCUCUAUAUGAUAGCUCUGGACAAUUAUCUUCAUCAGCCCAGAUUAGGUCACAUUGCAAGUGCGGCAUUGAAGCUUCAGGAACGAUCUAUCAACUCGACGAAAAAAGCUAUCGAUGCUGCAGAUGCCGAGAUUAGCCACUGGCUCCUUGUCAUUGCGCAAAAGCGUAAUGACGAUAACUUUUCUCGAAUCCUAGGACUUCUUAAAGACCGCCUCCCCCAUGUCCCAGAAUGGCCAGGAGAAUGCUUGAAAUCGCUUUCCUUCCUUGGAAUGGAAGACCGAUACAACGAUAUCGAUCACGCUGCCGAAGGGACCUGCAAGUGGCUACUUGGACAUGAAGCAUACAGAGACUGGACCAAUAUCGAUUGUGGUAUGCUUUGUAUUAAAGGGAAGCCUGGCUCUGGAAAGUCGACCCUGCUACGAUAUGCCGUCAGGGAUGCUGUUAUGUCUUCCAACAUCCGAGACAGGUCUCUCCUUCUUCAGAACAAAACCACGCAUGAAAGCGGGAACACUGCUGUGGCACUCGCCGAGCGCGGUGCUCUGAUACUCUCCUUCUUCUUCCAUGAUCGGGGUGAGGAGCUCCAGAAAAACACACUUGGUCUUUACCUAUCUCUUCUUCACCAGACUCUUCGCCACGUCCCUCGUGCAAUGCCGGACGAUCUUCUUGCACAGUUCGAGAAGCGGACAAACAACAUGGGAAACCCAGGUGUAAAGUGGAACUGGCACGAAAAGGAGCUGCGGAACUACUUUCGAUUAUCGCUUCUGAAGGCUCUUGAGGAUCGCCCAGUCUGUCUGUUCAUCGAUGCUAUGGACGAAUAUGGAAAAGACAAUGCAAACGAGCUUAUUGAGAGCUUUAAGCUGUGGAUUAAAGAGUGUCCCUCUCGGUCACAGCUUCGCAUUUGCUUCAUUUGUCGGCACCAUCCCCGCCUGGCCUUGCCCCAGAAAAGGACUGAAAUCUGUCUCGAGAACGAGAAUAAGACCGACAUCCUGGAAUAUGUUCGGCUCCGAUUGUCAACGCUGCCACCAUCUAAGGAUCUGGACGCAAUACAGACAGAUAUUGUGAAUCGCGCCUCGGGCGUUUUCAUGUGGGCGCGUCUUGUUGUUAAGAAGGUGCUCAAUCUUGAAUCUGAUGGAUACAAUUGGGAAAUGAUCAAAGACCAAGUCAACAAGGCUCCAGAGCUGAACGAAUUGUACAAAAGCCUCAUGGAAAAAGUGGCCGACAAGUCAAGUUCGUUCAAGUUGAUCCAAUGGAUUUGCUUCGCAAAACGACCUCUAACGCUGAACGAAUUGAGAUGGGCUAUGGUCAUCGAACCUGACCUCUCCUACAGCCCAAAUUCGCUGCGCCAUUACGAAAAGACGAAGCAUUUCGCCACUGACUGUGAUAUGAUGGAGAAAAAGCUCACGAUGCUCAGCUGUGGUCUUGCCGAGGCCGUGACAUCAACCGGCGCUGUGCAAUUCAUACACCAGUCAGUCAAGGACUUUUUCAUAGAGGAGGGCCUUGCCGAUCUCAAGAAGAGCCUGAAACCCGCCACACCCGAAACGAACGGGGAGGAUCUGGUUACCAUCGCGCAUUAUCUUCUCUCGAGAACAUGUAUCCGAUACGUUUCGACGAAGGAGGUCAUGGAAACAAUGUUUCGCGGAUCUGAAUUGAUGUCCGAGUUUCCUCUAUUGCAUUAUGCUGUAACAAAUUGGGAAGCGCACGUACGGGAGAGUGAGAAACCGAACACCCCAAACGAUUUACUGAGCUAUUUCGACUGGCCAUCAGAAGUCAUUGUGACACGUUACAGAGAUACUUUCGAUUCACUACGAUUGGAAGGACUCAUAAAAGUGGGGAUUAGUCAGUUCCCAAGAUAUCUCGAACAAGGAGUCACCCUAUUGCACGUCGCAUCAUUCAAUCGGUUCAUGAGGCCGCUACAAGACAUGAUGGAGAGGAAAGAGCUGCUCGAGGGUGGAAUUGAUCCAUUGACUGGUUACUGUGGUCCAAAGUACACACCGUUGUUCGUAGCCGCUGAACAGGGCCACGAGGAUGUCGUACGACUACUUCUCGAGAACGGAGCCAGUGCGGACGCUACUGUCAACGAUGAUGGGAACAUACCUUUAAAAAUAGCUUCAUCUCGGGGCCACCUCAGCAUUGUGCGGAUGCUCAUCCAGCACAACGCUAAUGUGAACGGUGGCGACGCAUACUCUAAUGCCCUGUCAGAGGCGUCGCGCAUGGGCCACGAUGAGAUUGUCAGGAUGCUUCUAGACAAUGGGGCCGACGUUGAUGCAACCCAAGGAUUGGGUAGGGGUAGCGCCCUCCAGGGAGCUGAGCACUUUGGCCAUGAAAAGAUCAUAAGGAUGCUGCUUGACGCGAGUAUGGGGCUGAGUGAGGGGUAUGGGCAAGAUCAAUGCUCAGAGAACAAGGGUUUGCUCGUAUAA